CAGCACGUUUUGGUGAUGGCAAUGUUAUACCUGGAAGCGCUCUCCGCACCACAUCCUCGCAUCAUCCCUAUUUGCGCACGGCGGCAGCACGGCGGCGGCUCGGCUCCUAUUUCAGCAGCGUACCCGGGGCUAGCUCCCGGCCGGGACCGGCACCCUCGCCCGGCGCUGCCUUCUGCCUCUGCAGGGGAGGGUGGGCACCGCGGGCACCCCGGCCCUCCUCAGGGUGGGGUACGGGCGAGGGUUGCCCCGGGUAGGGGCCGGCCCCGCACGGGGCGGAGGAAACGCACAGACACUGGCUGCUCUCCGCGCGUAUCCACGCCGGGAGGUGGCCCGGCACUUCCCUCCCCUCCCUCUCGCCCUCCCCCGUCCCCACCUCUCCUCCAAAACCGCAGGAGCCGCGGCGGCCUUGCCUCACUCGCUCCGGUGCCGGGCGCGGAGCGGGUAGAGCUCACCGCAGGCACGGCCUGGGGCGGGCACAGCCCCGCCGCAUCCCCUCCGCCUCGCUGUUAUGGCCGGUGUCGCGGCACAGCGUUGACGAUGCUGCUGGGCGCCCCGCGGGCGGGCGGCUGGGAUCGCGGCCGGGUGGGCGAGAGGCUGCAGGCGGCCCUGGCCGGCCUCCAGGAGCUCCAGGUGCUGCGGGAGAAGCAGCGGGAGCUGGUGCGGGCUGCUCUGGCCAUGCCGCAGCGGCCGGCGGCGUGCGGAGCAGACCAGCCCCUGUCCGCACACAACAAGGAGCACCGAUUGGAGGCCACCCUCACCGCUCUGAAGGAGCAGCUGUCUCGUUUGAGGAGACAGGAUGUCGGGUUGAAAAGCCACCUGGAUCAGCUAGACCAGCGGAUAAGUGAGCUGAAAUUGGAUGUCAGUAAAACCUCCAGUGAAUACCUGGAUAGUGACAGCCGGCCCAGCUCAGGCUUCUAUGACCUGAGUGAUGGUGGUUCUUGCUCGCUCUCCAAUUCUUGUACCUCUGUGUACAGCGAGUCCAUCUCCUCCUCCCACACCAGUCUGUUGCCCGGCUCUCAACACCCUAGAGCAAGGCUCAGUGUGUUUGAUUACCGACCCAAGUCUGCAGAUGAAACUACUGUGCACACCACCAGCUUCCAACAGCAGGGAACCUAUGUCAGCGACGGAUGUCGGGUUACAGCUAGCACAGAUGUUUCUGGGACUCCUGCCAGGUCCCGACCAAGACCAGUUUCCACAGGUGACUUGGAAAGACUCAUUCCAGCAGAUGCUAGAUUUCAGAAAGAGACAGAUCCCAAAUCCAUGUUGCCUCUGUGCCAUGCUGGAGACAUGCACUUGCUAAGCGUGGACCCCAAAUUCCAGAACGACUUGAUCUCCAAGAAUGGCAUUGAUGUGUAUCCUUACCCAAGCCCCCUUCAUGCAGUGGCUUUACAAAGUCCCCUUUUCUCCCUAGUGGGGACAACCCCAGAAGCAGACCUCCACGCUCUUCCCAGCAAACCCAUGCCUAGUGCCACAGGUCCCAGCUUGAUUAGGACUAGGCCAACCACUGAGGCCAAGCCAGGGGGUUAUAUCAAUAAAUUACUGCAGCUGACGAGAUGCAAAGGGAACAAUCAGGCUGAUGCCAGUGAGUGGGUUUCAACAAAGAUCCAGCCAGCCACAAUGCACCAGAGACUCAUUAUAACCCCCAGCACCGGUGGAGUGAAAAUUAACAGCAGCAGUAGCCAGCUGGAAAAACAAGCGAGCUCUCUGGAAAGUAACAAAGCUGAAGGGAAGCUGCAGAGAGAGGUGCCGGAGGGGGAAUGUGCCAAGCAGCAGGAGACCAUGCACUGUGUGAAUGAAGAACAGCCAUCCACUUUGCCUGACACAGAGCCAUCAGCUGUGAAUAGUUGUUACCCCGCCAAGUCAGCAGCAAGGGGCACUCCUCUGGCAGAAGCAACAGAGAGCAGCACGGAGCACAGUUCAUCCAGCUCCCAGCUGUGCCAGGAGGACUCCAGCCCCAGCAUUUGGAGCAUUAAAGCUGUCCCACCCAGAAAGCUGCCCUUCAAAAGGUGUGGCAAUGCCAAAUCGGCUAAUGCUGGAGGUCACGAGCGAGUGGCACGGAGUGAGUUCGUUCAUGCGCAGUUCGUCCCUGCAGAAUCCCACCAGGUCCGGGUCAAGUUUGCCAGCUCCAAAACAAAGGCAGUGAAGAUAAAAAGGAGGAACAGUGAAAAGGUACUACGGCCUGGGAAGCAAGCCUUUGGCAUGGAGAAGGCGAGAGGGUCCCAUGGGGCUGCCAGGAUGCCUGCUGAAUGGAAUCAGCCCCAAAAACCACACGGAACAAAGAGCCUCGUGCGGAGACCUUCGUAUUCUGGUGACGUGACUGGCAGGUCAUGCUCAGAGUCUAGCCUGUUGCCUGUGCAGGUGAGGCUCCCCACCGUGCCAUCCAGGCCAGAGCUCUGCAGGACUUCUGCCAGUGCAGAAUUGUAUUCCCUUGAAGCAGGUAGUGCAGACACAGCCAGCAAGAAGAAGCAGCGGAAGUGGCAGUCUACAGUGGAGAUCUCUGCCAAGGCUCAUCUAGCUGGCCUCUCUAGUAGCUUUGGCCUGGGAGCACCAAGGCAGUCAGCAAGGAGAGCUGGUGUCCUGCGCACUGUCAGUAUGAGGGCUCGCUCCAAGAGUCAGCGCCACGGAGCUUAUGCCAAAAGCGAGUCAGAUCACUCUGAGUACUCUGCAGAGUGCGCGUCCCUCUUUCACUCCACCAUCGCAGAGACCAGCGAAGGGGAGGUCAGUGAUUUCACAACUAACCGUUUUGGGGACAGUGAGUCCAGUGAAAGUGACUCGGAAGGCAGCAGUAAUAGUAGCAGCCUUACCCUUGACUAUGAUGAGGGGGAUGAAAGUGAGCUGAUUUGGCCUGAAGGUUCAGUCAGACAAUCAGGGGCUGCCCAAGCCUCUUCCAGGCCUCUUCCCCCAGUGCCCAAAAUCUGUCGCAUCAAAGCUUCAAAGGCACUAAAGAAGAAGAUUAGGAGAUUCCAACCUGCCUCCCUGAAGGUCAUGACUAUGGUUUGAGGGAGAGCAAGCAUCUGUUUCUUACAGUGAGACAUCCUGCUGGCUCUCAUUUGCAAAACAAGAGAACCCAUGUGCAGAGAAAAGGACUUGCUUAAAUGAGCUGUGAAAGACCCCUGAAUCAACACAAGGGAUCUUGUUUGUUAAUGCUUGGACAUAAAUGUCACUGUAUCUAAUUUCCUCUUUUGCCAUUUAUUCUGUAGAUAUGUAUCUGUGUAUAUUGUGUGAUGCCUUUUUUUUUUUACUAUGCAGAAGGGUCACCAUGGUGAAAAUGAAUGCAACCUCUACCAUAAGAUUUUACAGGUGGGCUCUUAAUGGAAUGUUGACUGCAUGCACUGGCAGAACCAGUGCCAGACACAAAGGCUUCACAAGAAGAGGGGCUCUUCCCAAGUGGAUAUUUGGUAACAUCCCUCCCUCUUGUGAGGAAUUCUUUGCAGUCUGAAGUCUACAUUACCCAUCCAGCUGUCACUGUGCUCUUAUGGAAGAGCUGUCAGUAUUCUCCAUAGUUUUAUUUUAUUUCACAUCAACCAUCCCAUACCUUCUACCAGGCAUCAGCAGGACAAGUCUGUUCUUCUGUAAAAACAUACUACAAGAAGGCAAAUGUCUUUGUGAAUCAGAACAAGACUUCAGUUUGUUUCCUACGUUCAAAACUGAGGGUAUAUGAUUGGUUUCUUUUUUUAACUCUAUGAUGUUCCAUGUUACUGUUUAUUUGUUGAAUGGGUGAAAGAACAUGAGGGCUCAGUGCCACAGUGUGUCAAUAGCUGGGACUGAGAUUAUAGCUUUGCCCCUGAAAUUUCAAACUCAAUAAAUACUAUUUAAU